AGAGACAGAGACACAGAGAGAGAGAGAGAGAGAGAGGAAGUUUGAUUUUUGAAUCUAGUUGCGAUUGUUAUGCACUAUUUCUGUGUGUGUCUUAUAGUGGAAAAAGCUGAAUUUCUUUAGGAGCGUUUUUCAAACUUGGAUCUCUUCCUAUUCUUCCAGGUGGAAGAUUCUUCUGCAUAUUUUUCUUGGGUUUUUUUUGUUCCUUUUAAAUGAUUUCGACCGUUUGAUGUCAGUUUCUUCGUUAGGGAACAAAAAUUAGCCCUAGCUAUAUCUGAUUCUGAGAAAUUGUUUUCCGGGUCAGUGUCGUCUGAAAGUGAGAGUGAGAAGAGAGUUUUUGAAGAUCCAGCUGUUUUUUGAUCGCUGAUUUUGGAAGCAUUUCUGGGUUUUCUUUGUAGUGAGAGAGAAAGAGAGGAGAAAGAUUUGAAGUCAAGGUAUGGUGGGUUGCUGAUUCCUUGGAAGCAUUUCUGAGUUACAGCUUAGUGUGAGAGAGACAGAGUGAGGUUUGAAGAUGAAGCUAUGUUGGUUUGCUUUCUGCGUGAAAAAGGGACACCUUCUGAGUUACUGAGUCUUAAAGAACAAUUCACAGAGAGAGAGAGAGAUAGAGAGAGAGAGCGAGAGGGGCACUGUUUGGUGGCUGUUAGUGGUGGAAGAAUCCUUUGAAAGUUAAGGAAAGUCAAGUCAAUUCGAGCUUCCGCCAACAAAUUGGAUCGAGACUGAUAUUGAAAUGAUGGUGGAAGAGAGUGGAGCUGAGGUUUUAGCAGAUACUCAGACUGCUGAAGAGUGCUCGUCUCAUGCCCAAGAGCUCGUUCCAGUGGCACUUAUUAAGGCUAGGGAGGUGAAGGGGUUCCCUGGUAGGUGGAAGAUGAUAAUAUCAAAAUUGGAGCAGAUCCCAUUGCGUUUAUCAGACUUGUCGAGCCACCCUUGCUUCUCAAAGAAUGCACUUUGUAAGGAGCAAUUGCAGGCCAUGUCGAAGACGUUGAAGAACGCGAUAGAAUUAGCUGAGUUGUGUGUGGGGGAGAAGUAUGAAGGGAAGCUUAGGAUGCAGAGUGACUUGGAUGCUUUGUUAGGGAAACUGGACUUGAAUUUGAGGGAUUGUGGGCUUUUGAUCAAGACCGGGGUGCUUGGUGAGGCUACUUUGCCUUUAUCUGUGGUUGGUUCUUCAGCUGAACCAGCGGCUGCAACUCAUAGUAAUCUAAGGGAAUUGCUUGCGCGCCUUCAGAUCGGGCACUUAGAAGCAAAGCACAGAGCUCUUGACAGCCUUGUCGAAGUAAUGAAAGAAGAUGAAAAGAAUGUUUUGGCUGUUUUGGGGCGGAGCAAUAUUGCUGCUUUAAUUCAAUUACUCACAGCAACAUCUCCUCGUAUCCGGGAGAAGACGGUCACUGUAAUUUGUUCGCUAGCAGAAUCAGGGAGUUGUGAGAAUUGGCUUGUUUCAGAAGGAGUCCUGCCUCCUCUGAUUAGGCUUGUUGAGUCAGGUAGCUCAGUGGGCAAAGAGAAGGCUACAAUCUCUCUUCAGAGAUUGUCUAUGUCACCGGACACAGCUCGUGCGAUUGUUGGGCAUGGUGGCGUUCGUCCACUGAUUGAAGUCUGUUGGACUGGUGAUUCUGUUUCUCAGGCUGCAGGUGCUUGUACUUUGAAGAAUCUAUCAGCUGUCCCGGAGGUGAGACAAACCCUAGCCGAGGAAGGGAUUGUAAGGGUUAUGAUCAAUCUUCUUGAUUGUGGAAUUUUGUUGGGUUCCAAAGAAUAUGCAGCAGAGUGCUUGCAGAAUCUCACUGCCAGCAAUGACAAUCUAAGAAGGUCUGUUAUUUCAGAAGGUGGUGUUAGGAGCCUGUUGGUUUAUCUUGAUGGUCCACUGCCUCAAGAAUCUGCAGUUGGUGCAUUAAGAAAUUUGGUUGCGUCGGUUUCCAUAGAAGUCUUGCUUUCUCUUGGUUUCCUGCCCCGGUUAGUUCAUGUGCUUAAAUCUGGAUCAUUGGGUGCACAACAAGCCGCUGCAUCGGCAAUUUGUCGGGUUUGUAGCUCAACAGAGAUGAAGAAAAUGGUAGGUGAAGCUGGGUGCAUUCCUCUGCUUGUCAAGAUGCUUGAGGCUAAAUCAAACAGUGUUAGAGAGGUUGCUGCGCAGGCAAUUUCAAGCCUGAUGAUCCUUUCACAAAACUGCAGAGAAGUUAAGAAGGAUGAUAAAAGUGUGCCGAAUCUGGUCCAAUUGCUCGACCCAAGUCCACAAAACACUUCGAAAAAGUACGCCGUUUCCUGCCUUGCAUCUCUAUCCUCAAGUAAGAAAUGUAAGAAGCUGAUGAUCUCUUAUGGAGCAAUUGGGUAUCUUAAAAAGCUUACAGAAAUGGACAUCCCGGGUGCCAAGAAGCUACUGGAGCGGUUGGAAAGAGGAAAACUAAGAAGUUUGUUCAGCAGGAAAUAGAUAAAACUUUCCAGUGUCUUCUGUAUAAUGAUGUUUUCCCUUCUAUUUUUUUCUUUUAUGUUUUGUAUGAUCGCUGUUUCAUAGUCUAUAUGAAACAAAGUAGUUCCUGAUUUGAACUGGAAUGCGCAAGCUUAUUGAUCUAUGCAGUGAAUGUACUAUUUAUUCAAUAUAUGGUCUCUAUAUGUCCCCUUUCAUA